UGCGCUCGGCUGCCAUUUUGUGUUUCACGCGUCCGUAUUUGAGCGGCCGCCAUCUUGAUUUUAGUUUUGUACUAAAGUGGCAGCUUUGAAUCAAAAUGGCGAAGGCAACAGAACAAGAAGUUAUUAGAGCAGUACUAGAAACGUAUAGAAAUAUGCCAUUUCUCUGGAAAAAGGAUAAUGAAGAUUAUUUAAAUAAAGCAGCUAGAGAAGAAGGUUAUAAAGUGUUGCUCGAUAUAUAUCACAAUUGGGAUGGAGAUUGUACUAUGCAAGCGCUGAAGAAGAAAAUUGAGAAUUUACGCUCGAAUUACUUUAAGGAAAAGAAAAAGGUGAUAGCAUCACACAAAGCCGGAGGUAGAGUGCAUGUACCAAAUUUGUGGUAUUACUAUUUACUGACUUUCCUGAACAAAAGAGGGGCCAACGAGGACGAUGACUUGCACUCGCAAGAUCCUUUAGAUAACGAUCAAAAUGAGCAAACAUCGGACAACGAAGAAACAAUCGUAAAAAUUGAACCCAGCACCCGCAAAAGGAAACUAGAAAGACCAAUAACGGAGAGAAGAUCUCACCCAUUAGAGACAGCAAGAAAAUUCCUCCCAAUGCGUUAUGAACCCUGGGAAAUAACAUACGGGAAAUCCAUCGGGCAUCAAAUGAAGGAUCUAAAAAGUGAUCAGUUGGUGAUCUGUCAGAAACUUAUAUCUGAUGCUAUAUUUUAUGCCAAACUUAAUAAAUUGAAUGAAUGUUCACAAGUUGUGAAUCCAGACAUUCCGGACACGGAGCCUAAAUUUCUUGUACAUAGUUAUGUGUCUGACGAAUAA